AUGCCCUCCGCAUUAAGUCGUCCCGAAACUUUGCCCCUGCCCAGGUGGGAGCGGCCAGCUAAGACAUCGCAUGAUCUCCCAUGGGCGGAUAUAAAAGUCCUGGACCUCUCAACCUUCGACGAACCAGGCGGCAAGGAGAAGCUCGCCGAGGAGCUGCGAGAUGCUGUCCACAACACAGGCUUCUUCAGCGUGACAGGCACCGGCCUCACAGAGGAUGAGAUCCAGCGCCAGUACGACAUCGGGCAGGCCUUCUUCGCCCUCCCGCACGCGGAGAAGGCCCAGCCGCGGUACAAGUGCGACUUUGCCAGCGGCAACUACUUCGGGUACCGCGAGCUGCACGAGCGCACCGUCCGCGGCACCGAGGUCCGCGACAACGUCGAGUCGUACAACCACGCCAAGUUCACGCCGUCCAACGCGUCGGAGCCACGACACCCCUUCUUCGACCCCUUCACCCCCGAGGUGGAGGCGUUCAGCCGCAAGGCCCUCGGCGUCGCGGACCGCAUCCUGCGCCUGUUCGCCAUCAUCCUCGAGCUGCCGGAGGGCUUCUUCGCGGACGCGCACCGCUAUGACGACCCCUCUGACGACCACCUCCGGUACAUGUGCUACCACCCGCGCCCGGCGGAGGACGACGCCAAGGUCGACAACACGUGGGCGCGCGCGCACACGGACUUUGGGUCGCUGACGCUGCUGUGGAGCCAGGACGUCGCGGGCUUGCAGAUCCGGACCAAGGAGGGGGGGUGGCGGUAUGUGCCGCCUGUGGACGGUGGCAUUGUGUGCAACGUCGGCGACACGCUUGAUUUCUGGUCGGCGUCGUACCUGCGGUCCACGACGCAUAGGGUCACGCGGCCGCCGCCUGACCAGGUGGGCGGGAAGAGGUUGGGCCUCUUUUAUUUCGUUCGCCCGGGUAAUGACGUCGAUAUCAAGCCGGCACCGUCGCCGCUGCUCAAGAGACUGGGGCUGGUUGGUGACAAGCCAGAGGAGGCUGCGCCUGUCAAGGGGCUCGAGUACGUACGGACGAGGGUGAAGGAUUAUCAUAAUAGCGGUGAUUACGGGGAUCGCAAGGGCCAGACCUUCAAGGUUGGUAACCUGGAGAUUGUUGAUGAGGCGGCGUAG